CGGUGCGAGACAAUUUAUAAAGACAAGCAACAGGUAGAAGGUCCGUUAUAUGUGAUCCCUGAUACGGAAUACUUCGGAUAAAAGUGUGAUUAUGUUUUUUAUUUCUCAACUUAUAGUCAUCGAGGAAGUUUCUUCACUUAUUGUCAAUUCGCAUUCAUUUUGUUUGGCUAGUCGAUAAAGGUAGCGUCUAACUGCAAACUCCAACUGUGUCAGUUAUACAUUGGCCGACUUAUGGAGCCCGUUUUAUGACAUUAAGACAAAUGUGGAUUAAAGUCAAGUACCUGUAAGUAUUCAAACAUUUAAAUUGAUCAAACUUAGCAAUAAAUGUGAAAGUAUAGUUGUAGAUCAAAUCUAAAACGUUUCGAUUGACAACACAAUGGGAAUCCGUUCAUACCGUUUCGGUGCCAUGGUGAUUAUGGCCAGCGUUUUGAUAGCAUUGCCGCGGAAAGUUCAUUCAGGCAUAACUAGCCAGAAUCUGUCUGACACAGAAAAAGCUAACAUGACAGUUAAUUACUUCAGAACUCGUGACCAAUUAUCCAUCGGCGUGUACGAGUCGGCAAUUGCUGCUGAAAACUUAGUUCAACAUAUUUCAAUGGGAAACACAUCAACAACUCCAGUUCUCAUGGACGCCGCGGUUAGCUACUUGUUGAAGACCAUGCCAGAUUUGCUCCGAAACUCAAUUUUUCAGGAUAUCGUUAAAGUCAUAGUGGAGGAGGCUGGAAAAGCUUCUCAACAGUCUAACGUAACCAUCGACACAUCUAAACCAAUUAAAGAGGCGGAUAUCCAGGUGAUUGUAUCAAAGUUUAACUUCGUUGCAGCGUUAACACGAAGUAUUACACAAGCCAAACCUCUUAUUGAUCAUUAUCGACAGGUAAAUGAUUCUUCUCUCUUCAUCAUGGUAUUGAACAAGGCAAUCGAAGUAGCUGUUUAUGGAAAUCAUAAUACAACAUUCCAGGCUGUCAUGGACAUUUUCAUGGACGAACUAAGCCAAGGACUCAAAAAGUCGGGACUUCUGGAACGAAUCUCCAAAGAAGGUCCUGGAUUCCUGAACGAUAUCAAUAACGCAGCAUCCAUUGUUAGGUCUGUGGUCAUGAGUUCGAAUCUUCAGAGACUCAUAUCUAGGUCAUACAACGUUAGCAAACCCGUCCUCGAUAGUUUGUACGGCGGGAAUACAGAGCCCAUUUACGAUUCACUUACAACGGCCAUGGACAGUGCUAACAGACUUAAGCAAAAUCCAAUGUUCCAAAUCCUCUACAAAUUUCUCAAAACAUCCAACGUAACUGGCCAAUCGAAUGGAAACGCUAAUACGGUGAAUAUGGUCAUGAAUUUUCUGAAGAAUGUGAACGUUCGUUCUACGAUUAAGCUCGUGCUUGGGUCUGUGAGCUCACGUAUUGUGAUACCCUACAACAGUUCGGCUGAGGAAGACAAGAUCAGUGGCGAUUGUUACGAGGAUAUGAUCGACUUUUUUGAUGCGGCGAAACAGGGAGAGACCUGGGCAUUGAAAAGGCUUGAUUCAUAUGGGAAAAUACCCUCUGGUCUUGCAAAAGGUAAUAUCAAUUUCCUCGGCUCCUUUGACGAAUGUCUAGAGAUCAGAUCGGACAUCAAAGCCAGUGAAAUUCUUGGAGGCAUUCGCAGAAACUCUCCAAGGUAUCCAAGAUCCGUUGGAUCCAAAUAUUGCCGUGUGCGUAUACCGAUUCCGAAAAGUAUUUUCGACGGAUUAGGCGUGGACACAAAAGGUAUUCCCUUAAGAGUAAGCUGGGGUAUAUGCAUUCCUGACACGUGUACAGGAAGCGAUUUAUACGGACUUCUGAAACUGGAUGUUUUCAAAAACGCCACGUCGUUGGUCGAGUCUGUUGAUUGUUCCCUGGAAUUGGACGUAACACAGGACCUGGCGGCGGUACUCACCAUAAUACUUCUCAGUAUUUUCGCGUUCCUUAUGCUUACUGGAACGCUUUACGUUUCGUUGGAGUCACGUGGUGUUUUCGUUGACAAUGAUAAAUCUGCUAAUGCAGAUAGUGCCUACAGCAAUCUGACAUUCACAAAAGUCGACGAAAGUAAACCGUAUCCGACAAUGAACGAGGUUAAUGUUGAAAAUGGCCACACUGCGAAAGAAGGGGGAAAGGGAAGAAAAGAAAUUGGACUUCCUGCAAACUAUGUGCCGCACUCAGAAUCCGAUAAAUCUGCCUUAGACAAAACAGUGGAUACAACUGAUCAACUAAACGGUGCUGCAAAUGGCGGUACUGGUACCAAAGCUGUAUCACCAACACAAGAAACCAAUGCUAAACCAUCCCGACAAAAGAAAGAAGGUGUACUAGUCCGGAUCGUCAAAGCGUUCUCCGUACAGAUAAACGCCCCAAAGAUACUGACCGGGAGAACUGGACUUAACUCAAUCACAUGUAUCCACGGAAUCAGGUUCUUCAGUAUCACAUGGAUAAUGCUAGGUCACACUUAUAACUACGGUAUACUGUCGGAAGCUUCGACGAGCUGGUCAGCAGUCAACUUUGUGGAUGCAUUGAGUAUGAUACAACGGUUUACGUUUCAAGCAGUCGUUGCAGGAGGUUUCAGCGUCGACACAUUCUUCAUGAUAAGUGGGAUGUUGCUGGCAUAUCUUCAACUGAAACAAAUGGCAAAGAUAAAGGCUCAUCCGACUGGACCGAAGAUCGGCAGCUACGUCAUGCAUUAUUUCUUUCACAGAUUUUGGAGGUUGACGCCAAUGUACGCCGUGGUUCUCCUUAUCUUCGCAACACUACUUCCGUACAUAGGGAGCGGUCCACUUUGGCCAAAUGUAAUACAAACCUCAGAAAACUGCAAGCAAUCGUGGUGGACAAACCUGUUAUAUAUCAACAACAUCGUCAGAGUGGAUAGUCAGUGUAUGGGAUGGACUUGGUUCCUGUCUAAUGACAUGCAGUUCUAUGUCGUGUCCAUAUUCCUCCUCUUCUUUAUGACACUGUCUUUGCCUCUAGGACUUGUAAUUUCUUCGCUGCUGCUUCUUGUUGGCACUGGUAUUGCGACAUGGCAAGAAUACGUAUACAAUGGAAAUUUUUUCACAAUGAAAUCCGACGGUGGUAAUUACUGGAAUAAAGUCUACAUCACACCCUGGUGCCGUGUUGGUGCUUACUGUGUGGGUUUGUUCCUCGGAGUCAUCUUUUACAAACGACCAAGGAAGACAUUUAGCAAGGUGAUCGGUUUUGUUGGAUGGACCAUCGCCACUGCCGUCGCCCUGACACUGGUGUACUCCACAUACUCUACCAACAAGGAGGGAGGCGUGGUAUGGACAAAUGUACAGAACGCCUUCUAUGAGGGUUUCGGCCGACCAGUGUGGUCGCUCUGUGUUGCCUGGGUGAUCUUCGCCUGCCAUAACGACAUGGGUGGUUACGUGAACUCGAUCCUGUCAUGGAAAGCCCUGGUACCACUGUCCCGUCUGUCGUAUGCCGCCUAUUUGAUUCAUCCCAUGAUGAUGAUUAUACAUGUGUACUCCAAACGCUCCCUUGUCUAUCUUACGGAUUACGAUAUGAUCUAUCUGUUCGUUGGUCACGCCACAGUAUCCUACAUGGGAGCGUUUAUAUUGUCUGCUGCCUGCGAAGCCCCAUUUAUGGCGCUGGAGAAAAUACUUUUCUGAACGAUUUAACACUAUAUCCUUCUGAUAAGUUAUCAACACUUGUCACAUCCCUUACCAUCACGUCCCUCGUUCUAGCUGUAGGGACGAAGUUUGUGAUCCCCUGACGUCAAAGCAUACGUCAUUGUACAAUGACAAGUAUAUAACGUUUUGAUUUAGAUGAUUUACAUUUUUUAUAAUAAUCUGCAUUCUAUCUUUUUUCAUCUUGUAUGCAAUACGUCACAUCUAAUUAUGCUGAAGAAUGAGUGAUUAUGUCAUGUUAUUUGCGGAUUUCCACAAGGAAAACAACAUCGUAUGAAUCGCCAUCUGGAUAUCCCUUCCUAACAUACACCAAGGGAUUGUCAACGAGUGAAAGGUGACCUUACAUAUAACCAUAGGUGGAUAUGAAACUUAACAAAAUUUAAAAUUGAAGCGUUUUCUCAUUGUUAUAUCCACACAUUCAUAUCUGAAUUCAAAUAAUUCGUAUUAUUGAAAAUAUUUCACACAAAAAAUUAUAACAGCGUUGUAUAUUUAAUAGUGUCAUAGUGAGUUGUUAAGCUUAUUGCAGUAUAGACAUAUCAACUAUGUCAACGUUUUGAAAUAAAAUUUCACCCUAAGCACCUACAACAAAACGAUCUUAAAUACAUUUGGCAGAAUUAUAGUUAUUCGGAAUUUAAUGUUUGAAAAAUGGAAAACACCAACGAAGGGGUCGAACACGGGACCUUUUCAUUGUAAAGCCUACUUUGACAAAAGUUGCCAUCCAGGAUCAAAGUCUGCUUAAAACAAUGAACAUUGAAAAAUACAUAACAUGAUAUUGGGAUUAAUUCUAAGACACAAAAACACUUCCAUCGGUUGUGUCAUUUCAUAUAGAAAGGCGAUUGCCCCGACGACAAAUGCUGAGUGGAACUGAUAUAUGAUGCCGUACGCUUUACCUUAAACGAUAUGCUUACUUUAAAUCAUGCUGAUGUCUUUCAUUAUAUAAUUUUACACUUUGUUAAAUUAUUAUUCCAUUAUACAGUAUUAUAUGGUUUGUUAUGCUUGUUUUUGUAAGGUGCCCUAAUCACAACGAUAAUCCAGUACAUAUACUGUUUAGUGGCUUUACGACGAGAAUUUAAAAAAGAGUGCUUCUUUCGGCAACAGAGUUUUUUGACUGUGAAAGUGACCAAGUACCUUAAUAAUUUUCACUAAGUAUCAAUUAUUUAAAUACCAACAGUAAACUAUAUUUUUGUAAGCGGUUUAACUGGUAAUUACUGGCAGACACAGAGCAAUAUAUAAUUGAAAUAUAAUGUUCAUUAAUAAUGCUAUGCUUUUAUAAUAUAUCUACUGCGAGGAUGUUCCAGCAAAUUUUCGUUGUUUUCAAUGUCUUUCAUAUUUUAGCUAUUGAAUCAUUGUACCAUUCUCACUAUGUGAAUAUUUUUGUCUCUUUCACUUUUUCUGAUAUGCAAAUUACUUGUACACAAAAGCAAACGCAUAACACUACAUUUAAGCAAUGCAUGUUUUAGCAAAUGUUGUUAUGGUCCUAUAACACACAUUGAUAUUGAUCACAAACAUAAUAAAGCCCGGCGACAAACUUGAUAAAGCCCGACAGUGCUUUAUUUAAGUUUGACAGCAAUAGAAAUGUGUUUUAUAGGACCAUAAUAGUAUUAACUAAAAUAUUCAUUAUUCAUAUUAACAUUUUGAUAGAGUACUUACGCUUUAUUUGGUUAUUUCGAACAGUUCAUUGAAAAGCAAUCUUUCCACAAGACAUCGGUCCGGAUAUAUUAGCUGUGAAUAGAUGUUUGAUAACAAAAUCUUGCAGCACUUUUCGCGUCACCUCCUGCGGCAGGGGUGGAGCCGAGUCUUGAUAACAAUGAAAUUGAUGAUGUCACACUAGAGAUAGAUGACGUUACAAUAGCAAAUGCUGUUAUAGUCACAUAACAACAUUUGCCUUCUUAAUGCAUUGCAAAGGAAGGAUGCAAGAAAAUGUAAAUAUAUAUUUAUGAACAAUGGAAUACCAAGUACAUAUGUUGAUUUUACACAUAUAUGCAUAGCAUAUUAUGUCUUUGAAUAUUUUGUUAACUCUCAAUAUUUCUUAUAUAUACAUAAAUCACGCACACAAAACCUAUAUAUGACGCAUCCAGAGACAUUAGCAGCCUUAUCUAUCACAGAUAACGAAACUUCAUUCCCAAGCUACAAGUACAAUACAUUUCUGUCUUAUGACCACAUUAUAGAGAGAAUUAGGGAGUGUAGGAGGUUAUAUAAAUAUUUAUCGAAACAUCGCUUACAUUUGUAAACACAAACAUAAAAAAUACGUUCCUUUUUUUGCACAUCAGUAAAUAUUUCCUAUGUAAACCAAUCAUAUAUUCAUCUGGAGUUUUUUUUAUUUUAUGUUUUAAUGAUAAUUUUAAUAUUGCAAUGUUUUCGAAACAUUUGAACAAAAAGACAUUCUGCAAAAACUGAACAAUGCGGUUUUUAUUUAGUUUUAGUUGAAAUAAAUUUGUUACAUUCCGUAUUAUAGACAUUGAAUGUUCUUUUCAUUCAGUAGAUUUCUGUAACAUACCAAAUUAUAGAA